AUGCCUGAUAAAGGAAGAUACACUUCUCCGGAAGGUUCUCAUAUUUGGGAGUACUGGACGACAUUUGUUUGUUCGAUCCAAGCCUUUUGCAUUGGUUGUAUAAUAGGAUGGAACUCACCAACUUUCGCAAUAUUAUUGAAGCCAGACUCUCCUGUUCCCAUCGACCAUAACGAUGUUUCAACAAUCGCAGCUGCAGGGCCUUUGGGUCAUCUUAUUGCUCCAAUUAUUGCUAAUCUGAUGAUCGAUACUUUGGGUCGAAAGAACUCUAUGUUCUUGGGAGGAUUACCACUGAUAGUCUCCUGGGCAAUGAUGUGUGUUUCACAAAAUCUCUGGGUAUUAAUUAUCGCCAGAAUUAUGGCUGGUUUGUCUUUAGGAGUAUCAUUCUGUGUCAGUCCUCUUUAUCUUGGAGAAAUAGCUUCGACGAAAUUACGAGGGAUGAUUGGUUCAACUUAUGGCAUCAUGGCCAAUGCUGGAAUUCUCUUUUCCUUCAUUAUUAUACCAUACCUGAGCAUGUCUGUAGCAUCUGGUGUAUUUUUAUCAAUAUCUGUGGUAGUUCAAGUAGCCCUGUACUUUAUUCUAGAAUCUCCAUAUUUUUUGAUGUUAGUAGGCCGAGAAUCUGAGGCUGAAGCAGUAUUAGAAAAGCUUCGAGGAAAAUUAGAUGUCAGUGAGGAAUUAGAAAUAAUGAAAAAUUCAAUCAAAGAAAAAACAUCUCAGAAACACAGUUUACUUGAUUCUCUGAAAUUAUUAUUCCAAGAUAAAAGUAAUUUACGUGCUUUCAUAAUUAUCAAUCUUUUUCUCAUUCCUUUUUAUUUUGGAGGCUUAGCAGCUAUCAUGAUUUAUGGACAUGUAAUAUUUCAAGCCGCUGGGAAUUCAAUUAGUGAACACGUUGCCGUCAUUAGUAUCGCAGCUACUCAAUUAAUUGCUUCCCUGAUUAUGUCUCUUCUUGUAGAUCGUGUUGGCCGAAAGCCGCUAGUAUUAUUUUCCGGUGUUUGUGGUGGAAUUUGUAACUUUGUAAUUGGUUUUUAUUUUUUUACUAAAGACUAUAUGGACAUUAAUGUUGUAUCAUACAAUACAGUACCACUUUUAGCAGCUAUAGUACUUGUUUUUUCGUUUAAUAUUGGAAUAGCUUCUAUACAACCUGUUAUAGUUGGUGAAAUCCUUUCUACUGAAAUUAAAGCCAUUGGUAGUUGCCUUACAAGUCUUAUAGGAGGAUUUCAAGCCAUUGUUAGUCUCAAAAUGUACUUAAUUUUGACUGAUGGAUUACACCUCGGGCACUCUAUACCCUUCUUUGGCUUUGCUAUAGCACUUUUAGUUACGACCAUAGUAUUGUAUUGCAUUACACCAGAAACUAAGGGUAAAACUUUUGCAGAAAUACAAAAGAUGCUUGGUAAAAAAAUGUAAAUAAAUCAAUUCAUACUUU